AUGAAUAUCUUCAACAUCCCAGAGGUUGUGGUUAGGAUUUUCCCAUUCCUUUCAACAGAAGACAGAGCACACAACAGAUUGAUAAAUUCAACCUUUGAUGCAAUUUAUCAAACAGAAGAGAAGAAUGACUUGAUUGACAAGUGGCAUAAAUAUUGCCAAGAACUUGCCCAUGAUUAUGAUUCUCCUGUACUCAGCAAUGAACAAUUAACCAAUUUAAUUAAUCAAUUUGGUUUUACCAAUAUGCAAUUUCACUUGAAGGUUUGGUUGACUAAUUGUGCAAGUGGCAGAUAUCACUUCUCUAAUUUAAUUUCUAUUGCCCCAGUUGAUGAUUGGGAAUUUAUUGCAGAAACACCAAUCUCUGAACACUCAACCUUUCCCUUGAUAUUGAAUAGUGAAUUUGGUGAAAAUCAAUGGCAAGAGAAUUUGAUUAUGGUACACAAAGGACAUUUCACUUCAGUAUUGACACUUUUAGAUAAGAGAAAUGGCUUAUUUUUCAUAUUUACAGGUACUUCAAUGUUCCCAUCAUUGAAAUGCAUUGGGCAUAUCAAAGAUUGGAUUGAAAGUAUUCCAAUUCAUGUAAUCAAACCAAUUUCAUUGUUUGGUAAUGAACUUUAUCCAGAUGAGGAAAUGAUAGGAAAUAUGACAAAGUAUGUGAAAAUUAUGCAAGAAGGAGAUAAGAAGGAUCUGGUCGAGUUUUUGAAAGCCAAUGCUAAUUUCUAUCCAUAUCUCAGUAUUGAAUUGAGAAGAGAUCCAGAAAUAUUGGGAGCAGUCAAGAAAAUGUUUGAAACUGAUCCAGAUUGUUAUUUUCAAAAUAUUCCAGCGUUUUUUCCUUCUGAGAUUAGAAAGGAUAAGGAUGCUUACUUUGACUUGUUCAAUAUCAAUAGUUCUCACAUUUUCUUGCAUCAUAGCUUAAGAAAGGAUAAGGAUUUUACAAUCAGAUUAAUGAAACAGUACCCUUAUUCAGUAGAUCCAAAUCGUGUUCAAACAGAAUUUGUCAAUGAUCCAGAAGUGGCUAAACACUGGGUCUAUACUAUUGAUUUGAAAGAAAGUGCAUUCAAAAUCAAGACAAAGGAGGACAUUUUAAGGUUCUUGCAGGUAACAUUGGAUGUUGAAUCAGUAGAGCCAGAAUUGUUGAACAAUUUAACACUCAUGGUUGAAGUUAUCAAUCAACAUUUCCAUAGAAAUUACAAGACUAAUGAAUAUUUGGAAGAUAGAGAUGUAAUCCUUGAGGAAAUCUCAAAUAGAAAUGUAAUUUUCUUAAGUAUUGCUUCUCCUGAAUUGAGAAAUAAUAGGGAAUUCAUGUUAGAAUGUAUUGAAAUCAAUGAAAAAAGUGCUCUUUUCAUUGGUGAUUCUCUCAAGAAUGAUGUCAAAAUAUUAGCAAAUCCUACAGCUUUGACAUAUGUCAGUGGACUACAAUUGACAAUGAAUCAAAUCUUGGAAAUACUGAGAAAUAUGGAAAAUGAUGAUAUCGACUAUGCUAUGAAUUACAAUGCAGUUAAAAAUUUCAUUCCAGCAGAAUACUUGAAAGAUGAUGAGUUUAUGUUGCAUUUGCUUGAAAUUUCAGCAUUUACAAACGUUCUCAUGAGUAGUAAGCUUCGUAAGGAUAAAACUUUCUGGAGUAUGGCCUUUGAAUCGAAUCAAGAUUUGUUGAAGUAUGGAGUGGUACCAAUUGACAUCUUGAGAGAAAAAUAUCCUUCAGAUUUGAGCAAUAUAGAUCCUCGUUUAUUGACCUACAAGAUGAGGGAUGAUAAGACAGUGAUUGAAAAUUCAGGUGGCGAGAUUUUCAAUUAUGCUUCAGAAAGAGUUAGAUCUGACAAGGAUCUCCUAUUGGAAUGCAUGGAAAGGUACUCAUCAGUUGUAUACUUGUAUGCUCCUAAACACUUGAGGAAAGAUACACAAAUUAAACAAGCUCUCUCAUGUCCAUCCCUAUUAUCCAUACCAGACAAGCUACCAAGCCGAUUUGCAAAGCAAUAA